CCAAUAGCAACUGCGGUAACUACUGUUCUCUGGUGAGAAGCGAGGGAACAAUAUUUAAAGUCCAUUAGGUUUUCUGUUUACAAAUCUUGAGAUACUGUAAAAGUUAUUAUUUCAAUUCUAUUGAAAGCAUUGAAGAUGGCAUUUUCAAAUGUACCCGAUACACGUUACUCAUGGUUGUGUAAAUAUAUUAAAGAGACGGAUAUCAAUAAUUUACGUGAACAAAGUUUUUAUUCACCUCAGUUUUCUACUUCAGAAGAUUUAAAAAGAAAAUGGUGCUUAUGUCUUUCUAUAAGAAAAAAUGAACUUCUGAAAUCUUACAGUUCUUCUCGUUUCACACCAAAGUACAUGGCAGUCAUUGACAUAAAAUUAGUUUGCAAUGAAAAUGUCUUUUAUCGACAGGAUAUGAAAGUUAAUGUAUCAGUUAUAAAAGAUUCUAAUAACAAAAUAUUUCAAAGUUUCGUAAUAUCCGGAAAUGGAAGAGAAUUUGGUUGUGAGAAUUUUACCGAUUACAAGACACUGAUAAAAAUGCUACAAAACGAUUAUGAUGACAAUGGCGUUGAGACAUCAAAACUUGAAAUAAUGGUCGAAUUUUAUUGCAAAAUUAAAGAGGAUAUUAAAAGUUUUGAACCAUUUACAAAUUCGGAGUUUCUUAGCGAUUUUCAAAUUUUUGUUCAAGGGGAAACAUUUUACGUUCACAAGAUUAUUUUGGCAAGAAGAUGUCCAUAUUUUUACAAAAUAUUUGAACAUAAUGAAAAUAUUAAAGAAAUUGUUCUGGAUGAAAUAAAGUCCGAUGCGUUGAGAAUAAUUUUAAAAUACGUUUACUCUGAAGAAACGUUAAAUGAAGUUUUACCAGUUUUACCUAUAACCGAGGAUGUCUUAUUUGUCGCCAAUUAUUUACAAAUGGAAGCAUUCAAAACUGAAGGUGAAAAUUAUUUCAAAUCAAUUUUAUCACUGAAGAAUGUCGUUUCCAUUUUGUCAACGUCUAUAAAGUGUUCUGGAAAUUCAUUAAAGAAACAUUGCUUGCAGUAUAUUGUAGAAAAUUUUAAUGAUCUUGGCGAAUGUUUUCAAAGUCUACAAACAGAGUCACUUAGUGUAUUGUCUAUAUUGAAAGAAAUUUUCAAUCAAUCGGAAUUACAGGAUUUGAUCAUAACCAAAAGAAAUAAUGUUUUCUUCGAAGCUGUUGAAAAAUGUACAAAGAAUGCUAUUUUAGAAGAUUAUGAAUCAUUUUUCAAUGAUGAAAGAUUUAGUGAUAUUACGAUUUAUGUUGGAAACGAUGUCAAGUAUCAAUGUCAUAAAGUCAUUUUAUCAGCAAGAAGUCCUCAGUUUCUUAGCUUAUUCACUAUAAUUGAAAGCACCAAUACUCUUUGGAUUAGAGAUACGGAACCUGAUGUCUUUAGCGAAAUAAUGAGAUACAUUUAUACCGGAGAAGUGAAAAAUCUCGAGAAAUAUGGAAAAGAAAUUUUUCUUGCUGCUAAAGAAUAUGCUUUAGAAGGUCUAAUGGAAAUGUGUGAAAAAUUCUUAGCAAACAAAUUAACGACUGAUAAUGUUAUGAAUUUAAUUCAAUUUGCAGAUGCAAAUAGUUCUAGUUCGCUGGUUAGAAGUUGUGUUAAAUUUAUUGUCGAAGAUAUCACUAGAAAUCAGAGAAAUUAUGUAAAUACUCUCGACACGUUUCUUGAAAGUCAAAGUAAUAUUUUGUACGAAAUAUUGAAUACUUUAUUCCUGUUUUCUUCAAUCGAGUUGAAGAAAAAUGUACUCUGAUGUUUACUCGCGCGAUUUUUUUUUAAAGAAUAAUUUUUUUCUAUUGUCAUAUUCUUUUACGAAGGUCUUAAACUACCUAUUUUUGUACGAUUUAAUGUCAUUUGGUAUAUUAUUUAAAGUCGUUUUAUAGACACAUGAGUAGUGUACUAUUGGAUAUUUUUUUCUAUAAUUGUGAAUUAUAUAUCUUUUUUUUUGGGCGCCAGAAUUGUCAUCUCGGUACAAUACUUUUAGCAUAGCAAAAGUAUUAAAAUUUGAAUGAGCACAUAAUUUUUAAUAGAACAAAAUUUUUAUAUUGUUAAAGAGUGUCUUUAUUUAAGUUUCUUCUUAAAUGACUUUAUAUAAAUAAAAAAAAAUAAAUUUUCAUUUAAGUGGGA